AUGGUGGCGCAAUCGGAUCCGCUGCUAGGAGAACAUGGCGGGGGAGUGAAGGGAGCAACCAGCAGCGCCCUAUGUUGUUACCCGAGCGGGACACACCCCCUUCCGCCCCCGCGCCAAUCGCCGUGCGAGGAUGGCGCGAACGACACGCCUCUCCACCAGGCACCACCAAUCCCGGCGAAACAGCGAUCUCUCCGGCCCUGCCUCGGCCAAUCAGAAGCGACACAAACACUUGGGGCCACGCCCGCUUCCGCAGGCCGUCCAAUCCGGGCAGACACAAACAGUGGGCACGCCCCAGUCUCCGAGUCACGGGCCCUCAGUGCGAAACGAGCGGACGGGACAGGCGGUUCUGCUUGCGAGAGCCGCCGGCCAAUCGGACAGCACACAAACAGCCGCGGCCACGCCCCCAGGUGCCCCGUAGCCAAUUGAGGGAGACGUAAACAGGCGGCGGCGCGCCCUCUGGUGGGCGGUGGCGUGACGGCGGAUAGGCACGCGUCGCCCGCCAUGGAGGGACCGGCGCUGCGGCCCGCGGCAGCCGCCGGGCUCCCGGCCGCAGCGGAGGAGGGAUCCGGCCAUGAGGCGGCGGGACGGAGGCGGGACGAGCGGAGCCUGGAGGCGCUGAGCCUGGCCGCCGGUGGCGGGGCGCCGGCGGGGCGGCAGCUGCCGGAGGGGCGGCGGGCGACGCUGGCGAGCGCCCUGGAGCUGGAGGGGACGGUGCUGCGCGAGGGGCGCCUCACCCAGUUCGUGGCCAACAACCUGGAGCGGCGCAUCCGGCAGAGCGGUGCCCCGCGGGGCGAGGCGGCCGUGCCGGCGGGGAGCGGCGGCGGCUCCUCUAUCCCCGCCAUCGACCCCGGAGCGCUGCAGGACGUGGUGGCCCUGGCCGGGCAGGUGGCGGCGCAGGUGGACGAGCUGCUGCGCAACGUGCACUGCGGCCUGCAGGCCCUGACGGCGCUCAGCGUCGGCUGCAUCCAGACCUACCGCGACGGCGUGGAGAGCCUGGGCGAGGCGGCCGACCUCAGCAUUCGCGCCAUGUACGCGCUGGUGGCGCGCUGCGAGGAGCUGGACCGCGCCAUGCAGCCCGUGCCCGCCCUGGCCAAGCGCAUCCGCGACAUGAAGGGCACCCUGGAGCGGCUGGAGGGGCUCUGCAAGUAGCGCCGCCCCGGCGCGGUAUCGUCCGCCCGCUGCCGCCGGGGCUGCAAAGCCAAGGCCCCGCUGCCACCCUGGCGGGGCUUCCCCGGGCGCUGGAGGAGGCUCGGCCGCUCCGGCACGCCCUGGAGGCCGCCCGCACUGCCAGGCUUCCCGCCGGGGCCGCCGCUGCUCGCCCCUCUCCGGCAGCCCCAGCGCCGGGCCCGCACACCGCACCUUCAGCUCGUCACCUGCACACCCUUCCUCCCGCGCCCCCGUACCUGACCAGCCGGCAGCUGCGGCCAGUUCGCUGGUUUUACUCUGGAGGAAGUGAAAUUUUUGCAGCCGAUGAAGGGAAAGGUCCCGGUUGAAAUCGCGGGGUAAACGGCAGACGGUUCUUCUUAGCUUCAGCUCCAUUAAAGAAUUUGGAUCCCACAUGCCUUAUGCUUUCUAUUUAUUGAAGGCUAGGAAAAACUAACCGAUCUUAAUUAAAAGCAGCUGUUAAUUUAUUUUUUUUUUUUUAACCAAACUUGAAAUUUAGUGAAUACUUGCUGCUUAUAGGCAUACACACUUAUUUGUAGUUGACUUAAUGCCUGACAAGUAAUUCUCACUUCUGCCGUUGCAGCAAACAAACAUGCAGAACACUGCUGUCUCUUACAGGACACAGCUGUAAGAGAAGGUAGGAGGAAAUUUGAUAUAUAUAUAUAUAUAGCAAAGACACUUGCUUUCUGAGAAAAACAUAAAAUCUCUGGAACAUAAUUGAGAUUCAGAUAAAAACAAAUCUAUAGAAAAAGCCUUCAGAUAAAAUAUGCUUUGCCUCUAUUACUCUCCACAGUUUUCACAGUGUAGAAGCUUAAAUGCCAUCACUGCGAAAUGAUCCUGUGAUUUUUUUUUUUUUUUCAAUUUGGAAAAUAUAUAUCUAAUUAGAUGAGGAACAUGAAUAUGUGAUGACAUUACAUGGGUGUAAGACUGACAUAAAAUAGGUACUUUGGGAGGAUUUAUUUGUAUAACUUGAAGCUUUUAUAUGCAUCACUGUAUGCAGAAGUGGUUUUGCUGUAUCAGUAAGUAUUUCCUCUGAGGCCUGAGAGUACCUGAAUUCUCUGCUUGCUAUGGUUCCUAUGCAACUCACCUCUUCGAUGAUGCUCCUAGGAAUCCAUUUAGGUCACAAAUGCCCUUGUAACAAGAUUUCAGCAGAGAAAUGAUCACUGUGAUCUUAUGUAUGUGUAAUGGUGCUUAGCAGCUCCUAAAAACCUUGGAGCAAUGGUAGCCAGAGGUGCUAUAUGAGUCCUGUAGCUUUUGGUAGAAGAGCAGAUAGGUUUAUGAUGGGUGCAGCUGCUGCUCUACCAUAACCUCAUUAAAAACACUGAGCGAGGGGUGGAUGCUCUGAUACACCGUGCUUCUACGUGUACACAAUACUGAAUUGUAACAAAAUAAUAUGUUUUUAUGCCACCCUGGUUAGCAUAAUGCCAGUCUCUGGCCCAUUUUGGUCUUUUCAACUUGGCUGUAUCUUUCCCUUGGCACAGGGAUGUAUUUCAUGUGUGGCCUUCCAGCCCCAGCAAUGGCAGAAGGCUGGAAACAGGCUGUGCUGAAGUUGUGCUCCUUGUGGCCACAGCUCCUGUGGUAACUGCUGGGGAGCAGCUGUGGCUCCGGGAAGAGACCAGAGGUCUCACAGGGGUUAGUGGAGAGAAAAAGGAUUUAACUGCCCCCGCCCAUGGGUGUAGAAGACACUAGAGAUUUUGCAAGAUGACAGCAACAGUUGUAUUCUAUUUGAGGUGUUAUUCUUGGGAAGGUUCAAACUUGUGUAUCAUGGAGACACGGUAAUUUUGCUAAGUAUGUUUUGUAUAUGUCAAGAGUGAAAGCCAAAGUUUGAUCUUGCUUGACUUGUGAGUAUUGUUGAAAUGUACAGGAAAGACCUGCAAGUUUAUUUGUAUAGCCACAUAUGUACAGCUACACUUUAUUCAUACAGGCUCAUUUGAAGCCUUUAGAGCAUAUAUGUCUCAUUACGCUAUGGGUUUUUCAUAGCAUUUCAUUUGCAGUCACCUAUGUUCAAUGCUAAUUCCCUGCUAAAAUUGUCAAGUCUGUAGAAUAAAAUCAUUACUUUUAUAUUUUUAA